GCAUGGAAGAAGGGGUGAGAGGAGAACUUUCGACUGGUACGGAUGAUGAGAGUCUUGUGGGAAAGCAGACCUGAAGAAGCUGCAUGUUUUAACGUAAUGACUGCAGUGCAUUGAUUCCUGCAAUGCUCCUGUGGUGAUCAGGCCGAGGCUCUUUUUCUUUUCUUCAGGAGGUUGUGAUUGUGAUGUGCUCUACAAGAUGACAGGUACACUUGUGCCACAGAGGCAGGCACUGUGGACUCUUUGUGUGGGUUUGAUCGCCGCAGCUGCAGGGGACGUUCCUUGUCCGAAAGGUGGUCGGAUCCACCUGGCCGGCCUGCGAUGCUAUUGGCUCUCUGAGAGGACAUCUUCAUGGCCUGAGGCGCAGGAUUCAUGCAGAGAGACUCUGGGAGGAGAUCUGGCAUCUGCUGGCAGUCUGGAGCUGCAAAACUUCAUCCAUUCCUCAUUUCCAGUGAAAACCACCGCGUGGAUAUGGCUGAAGAGAUCGGGGGGAGAAGGGUCUGACCCAGGGUCGGAGCCAGUAAGUCCUGAAUGGUGGGCCGGAGGUGCCGAGAGUCAGGGGGUGUGUGCUCAGAUGGCCCUGGGGACUCCGGGACGGUGGACGGAGGCUCAGUGUGUUGGACGCCACCGCUUCCUCUGUGAAAAAGAAGUAACUGAGUCUUUACCUUCUGUGGACAGUUACCUGACUGGAUUGGCGCUCAUGAGCGGCAUCUAUGCUCAGACCCAGAUACUCCCCUCUCCCAACGUCCCAGACAUCGGACAGCUCACAGUGGAGAUGCAGCUGUUCCCAGGGAUGUGGUUCAGUCACGCAGGUCAGUUGGUGUCAGUGGAGCUGGUGGUCCAGCCCAGCCCAGUGUCCUCUCUUGCCCGUGUCCAGAUCCUCCGACCCUACUGCAACCCCAACCACCACCUGGUCCCUCCCGGUUGCAGCUCUCUCCUCAAUCCAUUCAGCUGCUGCUCCGCCAUACCUCUGUGUAACACCACGGGGGGCUGCAGCAUGGGCCAGUACUGGUGCCACCUGCUGGAGGGCUGUGUGCCCACCGCCAGUCCCUGCAGCCCCUACGACUCUGCAGCAGGGGCCCGCGGCUUUGCUUUGCCGCCCAGAUACCUUGCAAUACCUCCCUUUUACCACCUGGUGGCAGACCUGCCAGUGAGAAUAAACCCUAGCUCUGAACUCAACAUUCUAAGCCUGGUUCUUCCAGAUAAAGCGAUCACGGUGUACCCUGAUGACAUUGUGGCUAUACAGCACACUCGCGACUCUGGUACACUCCUGCAUUGCCUGAACAGUGACGCCUCUUUGGACUCCCCCUGGCGCCAGAGUUACGUGUCCCUUGGGAGGACAGAGUGGGGAGGCUGGUGGGAGGGGGGCCUCACUUCCCUGCCCCAAGGAGGCCGGUGGGUGGACGCGGUGGUGUGUGAUCUGAGGAUGCUGUACGUGGACAAUCUUCACAGAGCUACUGAGCACGAUGACAACUCCGGCUUCACAACCACGGCCCCAGAUAUUCGGGCCCUGACAACCGGUCCUACUCCGAGUGAGAGGUCUCAAUUUGGGCCUAACGUCAUCCACCCUGUGCCGGAUGAAAAUAACCAGAUUCAUGUCCAAAUCAACGUCCCAACACUCAUUGUUAUCAAGGUCCUGUCUGGAGGGAAGGCCAGCAGCUCAUGGUCAGCUCCAGUUCUCCAGACUGGGGUCCCCUUCCUUCCAUCUUGCCCCAAAGAGGUGGCUCAGUCUUGGGCUGGCUGUCAGAGACAGUCCCGUGAUGCCUGGUUCUCCUCUGCGACCCUGGUGUUGCCCUCAGUCGGGCUUCAGACCCUGAACAUCAGUGUGAUGGAUGCAGUACGCUCUCAGAGUGUGAGUGUGAGGGUUUGUGGCUACGAGGCCGUGAUGGGGCUUAGUGUUGAGCCAAGCGGCUGCUGGAGGAUGCUCGUAGACACUCCACAGACAUUUAUAGCCAAAGUGGAGAGCGGUUCCUCAGUUACAUUCACAUGGGUGAUUGACGACCUGGAGAAGUUUGCCCAUGAAGGAGAAUCUUACAGUGUGGUUUUCAAGAAACCUGCUGAGUAUAAGCUCAGGGUGACAGCUUCCAACCAUGUGGGCUCCCAGAGCCAACAAAUCAUCCUGACUGCUGAUGAAUUGACCCCAUUAGCUGAGCCAGAGUUCCUGUUAGUCAGGGAGGUCGUAGCUGUGGAUGCUGCACACCUCUACACCCUCAGGGUCACAGUGGACAUCUCUCUGCCAGUCACCUUCAGGUGGGAUUUUGGGGAUGGCAGUAGCGAGGUGAUCCACACCCACUGUGCUCCAUGUCAGACCAUGGAAGUGCUUAUAGCGAGAGGAGAGAAGCAAGUAUAUGUCCAGGACUCUGUGAACUACACCUAUCCCAUCCCAGACGACUACACACUUCACGUCCAAGUCUCCAACCGAUAUGACAACACUGAUGCCUCAUUGAAGAUAAGCGUCCGCCCGCAAUUACAUCGCCUCCUCAUUUCCUCUUCCCUUCCCGCGCCCCUCGUCAAACAGACUCUCCUUCUGGAAGCGUCCGCAGAGCCCUCCACCUACGCCGUUGUCUACACAUGGGACUUUGCCGACGGCUCCGAAGCCGUCCGAGGCACCCACCGUAGGGUCAGCCACACUUUUGCAUCUGCAGGAGUUUAUAACGUCACAGUGUGUGCCAACAACACUCUUGCAGCCCUGACCUCCUGGCUCGUGGUGGAAGUUAUGGAGGAAAUCUCUGGAUUAACGGUCAGCUGCAACGCACCCAGUGAACUAAGCUCUGCAGUAGAUUUCCGAGCGACAGUAGCCACUGGUACGGGUCUCAUGUGGAGUUUUGACUUUGGUGAUGGGUCCCUGCAGGGAAACCGUACAGAUGGUUCCAUCUCCCACGUCUAUAAAUUGCCAGGGAACUAUACAGUAGAUGUAACUGUCUCCAAUUAUCUCAGCCAAGCUCAUCAGUCUAUCGGCGUAGAAGUCUAUAGAUUGGCUGUUGGUGGAGUUCUCCCUACAGACUGCAUAAUGAGUGGAAGAGACAUACAGCUUACCGCUCGUGUGAAUGGGAACGCAUCCAUUCUGACUUUCCAUUGGCUGUUUGGAGAUGGAUCACCGCUGACUGUGGUGAGGGGACAGUCGACGGCCAUGCACACAUUUCAAAGCCAAGGGAUUUCUGAUAUCAGCCUGACUGUGUUUAGUUCUGUUACAUCUGCAUCAUUUAAUACAAGUAUCUGUGUUGAAGCGCCAAUAGCCAACAUGACAGUGCUGUCAUCACAGGAAGUAGUGGCCGUAGGAGAAGAGGCAUGCCUCAGGGUGUUAGUUUCCCCUGUACAGAUGAGUGGUUACCAAUUUAAAUGGUUUAGCAGCCCAUCUAGUCUCAUGGCCGUGACAGAAAACGCUCAAACGUGUUUUAUCUUUAAAGACGAAGGUGUCGAAGAGGUAUCAGUAACGGCAAGUAACAAAGUCAGCAACCAAACAGCCGGAGCUUGUAUCACCAUUCAAAACCCCGUAAGGAAGCUGUCUGUGGCGCAUGAUGGUGAAAGUGGCACGCUGACAGUGAAUACCUUGGUGUCAUUCUGGGUUGCUAGUUGCACUGGCAGCAAUGUGUCAGUGCUGUGGGACUUUGGAGAUGGAUCUCCGGUGGAACGGAGGCAAAACGUGUCACACGUCUUCACUUCGGCGGGUCAGUUCACAGUCAAUGCCGCAGCAUUUAAUGCUGUUAGCCGUGAUUCUGUGACCCUCAAAGUCAAUGUUUUACUUCCUAUUUCAGACAUUUCCCUUCACACCAACCAGCCUUAUGCUGUAGUGGGGGAAGAAACUAUUAUCUCAGCAAUUAGCAGUGCUAUCAGUAGCACCAACUACUACUGGACCGUUGACGGUAUGAUCUCAACCAAACAGGGGACUUAUCAGUUUAGAUUUGCUUUCCUGAAACCAGGGGUUUAUCAAGUGAGGGUUAUAGCACAGAACUUGGUGAGUAGAAAGGAAGCAGCUAUUUUGAUUGAGGUCUUUGAAAGAAUUGAGGGUCUUCAGAUCGAAUGUCAGAGCCUGACAAACAUGAAAUACGUACCAACCCAAGAGGAACUGCUGUUUACUGCUUCAAUCGCCAAGGGCUCCAAUGUCACUUAUCACUGGCUAGCUACACAGAGCGGAACAAACCGACAAAUCUCUGGUGAUGGAGAGCUUUUCCAUACGUUAGCUGAAACUCCUGGUGGGAUUUCAGUUCAGCUAAGAGCUUGUAACAAGUUGGGUGAGGCCACCAGCAUUGUUUCUUUAGUAGCAGUACAGCUUGUAACAGGUGCACACAUUACAACACAAUCAAACAUUGUGGCAUUUGGGAAAUUGGUGAACAUCUCUGUGUCUGUGGUUACCGGGUCAGACCUACAGUACCUUUGGUACGUGAAAUCUGAUCUUUCACCCCUGCAGACCCAAGCGCCCUUUCUUCUCCACACUUUUGCAAGUGUUGGUCUUUGUCUUGUUAAAGUCUCAGUUCAGAAUGUCCUCAGUCACAGCAAUGUCACCAAAGAGUUUAGUGUGCAAGAGGAGGUUCAAGAGGUGGGCUUUGAGAUUGAAGGAAAGACGGAUCCCUUUUAUAUCACCACGAGUGCUGCCGUUCAACUCCAUGGGCGUGUUCGGAAGGGUAGUGAUCUGCACUGGAACUGGAAAGUUGGAGGUGCUGUGCUUUUUAAUGCUCCCAAUCAGACCUUUAGCUACACUUUUCCAUACGCAGGCCUCUCUCAAGUAUCUUUGAAUGUCUCCAAUGGGAUAAAUUGGCAGACGGUUUCACACAGUGUCGCAGUCGAGGAUGCAAUCAAAGGACUAAUGCUGAAAAUUUCCGGGUCUUCUUUCUGCACCGAGGAAGAAGUCACUUUUAUUCCAACAAUCUCCAAAGGAAGCAAUGUGAACUUUGCUGUAACAUUUAGCAACAAAGACUGGAUUUAUAGUCAGGGUGUUUUUGAAGGGCGGUUCACCACAUCAAGCCUUCCAGCAGGGACACAUCUCGUUACAGUGAAAGGUUGGAACCACAUCAGUAGUGCAGAGGUGUCUUCCAGCAUUCUGGUCUCUCAGCAUAUUCAAGGUUUGCGACUUGUGAACUGUUGUUCUGAUCCUCUAGAGGCUCUGAAAGGAGAACAGUUCAAGGCAGAAGUUCAAAGUGGUUUUCCAGUCAACUACACCUGGAUAUUUCACUUGGUGGGAUCUGAGCCCACCCGGCUCACGGGACAAGAAGUGAUCUUUACUCCACCAGAGAGUGGUUCACUGUCUUUCAGCGUGCUCGCCACCAAUGGAAUCUGCUCCAAGACGGUAAAUGAUACCGCCACAGUGCAAUGGCCUGUUAAGAAGGUCAAGCUUGUGUGUCAUUCAGAAAGAAUAUUUGUUGGACAUGCUGUCGUGUUUUCUGCAAAAGUGAAAGGAGGGAGCAACCCCAGAUACCUCUGGUACUUUGGAGACUCCGCUGAAGCAUUUGUGACAGACUUGAGCACAGUCAAUCAUACUUAUUAUAUUCCUGGGAAAUACAGUGUUAUGGUCAAAGUUCUCAACGGGGUCAGCAAUGUGUCCACACAACUACACAUGGAGGUGGAGGAGCCCCGGUGUCCCAGCCCUCAAGCUUCUCUUGUCCAGAGCCGGUCUACUAUAUUCAGGUCUAGACGGAGCUUCUUUGAAGCAAGCGUGGACAUCAACUGCUCUGCUUACAAAGCCACAUACUUAUGGGAGAUAUUCAAAGAGUCAGAUUGCAAUAGUUUAGAAUUCUCUGGGAACAAAGUUGCUCUCAGAAGUCAGGUAGAUGCAACUUCCCCUCUUCUCUUACUCCCGAAGCAUACUCUCGGGAUGGGACAGUAUUGCCUCGUAUUCACCGUUUCACUCCAGGGAACUCCUCUACUUGUCAGACGACAAACCAGCGUUACAGUGGUCCGCUCAGCGCUGGCAGCUGUCAUCAAGGGAGGAACUCACAGACUGUGGCCCAGCCUCAGCGACCUCGUCCUAGACGGAUCUGAGUCCCAAGACCCUGAUGUAGAGCCAGGAGUGGAGGAUACACUGCAGUACCACUGGACCUGCAUGACGGUGAACUUCACUGAUUCUCAUUUUGUAAAGCAGCUCAUUGGGAGUAACAGCAGUAGAAUGACUGUACCGAGCACACAGCUGCACCCAGGCACCAACUAUGUUUUCACCCUCACUGUACACAAGGCAGGGAGGAGGCCUGCCUCUGUCAACCAGACUGUGACUGUGUGUGAAGCUCCUGUGCUUCCUGUGAUUGUGGAGUGUGUGUCCUGCUCUGUCCUGUCCUCCCAUCACCACGUUAAUUACAACAGCCCCAUCAUCCUCUCUGGACAAUGUGGACAGUGUGAUGACCAGGCUCAGUACAAAUGGAGUGCUGAGGACCAGACUGGCGCGACCCUUGACCUUAACGAGGCGUCCACCUCUACAGGGAGACGUUCUCCUAACUUGGUGGUGCGUUCAGGUGUCCUGCAGGCAGGGCAGAGUUAUACCUUCACUCUCAAUGUAUCCCAGCCUGGCAGAGAGCUGUGGGGCAGCGCCAGCCUGACGAUACUACCUAACAAUCCGCCGCACGGAGGCCUGUGUGAUCUCAGUCCAGAGUCAGAUAUACGUCUGCUGGAGACAGUGGUCACCUACAGCUGCUCGGGGUGGCGAGAUGAAGAAAGCAGGGCCUCUCAGCUGAUCUAUACCUUCCAGGCAGCACCAUGCCAGUCCACUGGCACGGUGUGCCCCCUGCUCACUCUGUACAGGGGUACCCGUUCAACAUUUGGCAGCCUGGUUCCGAUGGGAAGUCCUGGGCGAGAAAGAAACGCGUCAGUAAUCUCCGUGACACUGCUGGUAGAGGACCACCUGGGGGCAAAGGUCAUUGCUCUGAACAGAAAGUUGACAGUUGAAACUCCCCCAAGGGACGAAGUUGCCACUCAGUGGCUGAGGAACAAGAGCCAGACAGAGCUGUGGGCUUUGGUCCAACAUGGCAACCCUCAGGAGAUCAUCCCUUACUCCAUUGCCCUCACCAGCCGGCUCAAUCAGAUGGAGUCUGGACGGACUGCCACGGAGCUCAUGGACAGAAGGGAGAUCCGUGAAAAUGUGACCCAAGCCCUGGCCUCCCUCCCCGUGUCCUCCCUGCUGAGUGUCGAUCAGAUCAGCUCAGCGUUGUCACAGUCUACUGCUGUUCCCAGUGAAUUGGUGUGUGAAAAGUGCCAGCAGAAGGUUCUGGAAGCUGUGGGGAAGAUGAUCCAUGUCAUGGAGGAACAGAUGAGUCCUGGUGUUUUGUCAGCUCUGGAAACAGGAAGAAACAUCCUCAACAUCAUAGGUAGCACCCUGGCGGCUGUGUCUGAGUCUGCCGGUGCUUCCCGUGCUCACCCAGCCUACUCCAGCACUCUGCGGUCGGCUCCCACUAUCACCCUGUCAGCGCUGGGUCACGCUGGGGCCCUGAUGCGCUCUCUGAUGCACUCACGUGUUCACGGCGAGGCGCCCCUUUCGCUCUCCACUCCUUAUAUCAACACAGUGGGUUUCCAUGGAGACCCCUCCGACCUCCUCUGCACGCACCAGUCCGACCGAAACCAGAUUGUCCCACCUCAGUCAUCAGCGGCCGACGGAUCGAAGACACGUCGGCCAUGUCAGUUCCACAUCCCCGCCUCCCUCACUGCUCACCUGAAGAGUCAGAAGUCUGAGGUGGUGCAGGUACUGUUUGAUGUGGAGGCGGAGUUGGGAUCCAACUCAUUCCUGACCGCGGCUGACCCUCCAAUUUCCACCGCUCUGGUCGCCAUGGAGCUCACCACGCCUCAGGGCCAACCCAUACCCAUCCAGGAUCUGGACCCGGAACAGGCCAUACGGGUCACCCUGCCCAACAAAUACCCCGUGGGACAGGACGAUGGGGGUGGGGAUGGGAGGGUAGGCGAAGCUGGGAACGGGACGUGUCUUACUGUGGCCCUCCCAAAGGAAGGGAGGUUGAACCUCACAGUCAAAGCUGUGGAUGGACUGGAUGAAAACGCAGGUUUAUAUAUCUCCUUCAACUUCAGCCUGGACCCAGGAGCUACUCCAGUGAGUCUGGGACAUGUCAAGAUAGAAGUGAGCUCUACAGUGCCGGGGACUAAUGCAUCCCAGGAUUCUCUACUGAGAGUGUGGGCCCUCACUCUCUCUGCUGCAACCACCUCCGCAGAGGAAACCAUAUUCCUGUCCCCGCUUUUGGACAGGACGGACAAGACCCUCUCUGUCAACCUGACCUCGUCCCUGGUCGACGGCGGCCCCGUCCACGUGUUGGUGUGCGUGUUCAGCUCGCUGUGCCGGUACUACAGUGUGGAGGAGAGGCGCUGGAGCAGUGAGGGUCUACAGCCACUGGAGGGCAGCACGCUCCACGCGGCACACUGCCUCACCCAGCACCUCACCGUGUUUGGGGCCAGCUUGUUUGUUCAUCCUGGGGCUGUUGUUCUGCUGCCGCCGCCAGGCGGUCCCAUGCGUAACAUGGUGGUGGGGAUUGUGUGUGCCGUCCUGGUUCUGAUUCACCUGCUGGUGGGGCUCAUCGCCCAUAAACUGGACCACUUGGACAGCUUGAGACUCAGCCAGGUCCCUCUGUGUGGCCGACCGGGGCUGUACCACUACAGGGUGCUGGUCAAGACCGGCUGGAAGCGAGGAUCAGGAACCACAGCGCAUGUUGGCAUCAGUCUGUACGGUGUGAACAAGAGCGGCUCUCGCCAUCUGCAGAGGGAUGGAGCGUUUCAGCGUGGCAGCCUGGACCAGUUUCACCUGGAGACAGAUGACAACCUGGGAGAAGUUUGGAAAAUUCGUAUCUGGCAUGAUAACACAGGUCUGGACCCGUCCUGGUACGUUCAGCAGGUGGUGGUUUGGGACCCUCAGACAGACCACAUGUUCUUCUUCCUGCUGGAGGACUGGCUCUCCGUGGAGAAUCAGAAGAACGGCUCUGUGGAGAAAGAAGUUCUGGCGUCAUGUCCCGAGGAGCUCUCUCAGUUUCGACGGGUCUUCACCUCCCAGCUGACAUUUGGGAUGGUCGAGCAGCACCUGUGGCUGUCGCUGUGGGAGCGCCCGGCCCACAGCCGUUUCACUAGGGGUCAGAGGGUCACAUGCAGUGCUCUCGUGCUGCACCUCUACCUGGCACUGGGGGCUCUGUGGUACGGGGCUGUGGGCACAGAGGGGCACAGAAGUGGACCGGUGUCCGCCCAGCUGCUGGUUAAUGUGGAGGCGGUUGCCGUGGGGAUGACUGUUGCUGUACUGGUGUUUCCUCUCCAGUGUUUCCUCUGUUUCCUGUUUAGAAAAGCUCACAGUCAGGUAACCGUGGACAUAUCAGUUCCUCCUUCUCCUGUUUGUCACUCUGUGGAGAUGGACGUUUACCUCGGCCAAUCUUCCUUCCUGUCUCUGUCACACUCCUCCGGCCCAGCGCGGGACAGUCCUUCAUCUUUACUGGAGAGCAAGGCGUUUGACUCCAGUAUUCUGGACUUUUGGGCUGCAUCUGGCUUGGUGCCCCAGACAGAUGGAGCAUGUCAAGAGGAGGGCAUAGGAACAUGGCCGUCCUGCGACAGCCUCCUCAAUCUACCAGCGGGCCCGUGCCUCACAAGGACGACCCCUGCACCCAACCUCUGCAAGGCUUUGCCUGCUCUGGGCCGUGCACGCCAGCUGAGGAGAAAAAAGGCCCUGAUGCAGCUCCGGCUGGCCUCACCCUCCUCCCCUGGCACACCUGCUGCUCUUUCGUGCACAUAUCCCCUUUCAAAAGACAUUUCCAGUUCUCACCAAUCCCCUGCUUCACUGGACAAAAAGAUCUACGCCAUGAAAACCGACUUAGUGCAAGCCCACAGCAACAAUCUGACAACCUUUCUGACUCUGUCUGAGGAGGAUCUACUGAUGUCUAUAGCAGCAGCAACAGAGGACAGAGCCGAUGUAACAAACAGCAACUCAGACAGCGGCUGGGAUUCCCCUCGAACCACCUCCUCGCUCUCAACCGCCCGGAGCACCUCCUGCAGCAGCUGGUCAGAGCAGAGCGAGGAGAAGUACGGUGCAGAGAUCUACAAGCCAGAUCCGCAGUCCUGUCCCGCCCUGUAUGGUGCAGGACUCUACAGGUGUCCCUCUGGGGCAUCUGUGGACUCCGUGGCCAGCACCUUCCUGCCCAGCCCGUCUCCUGACUCCACGCGCUCCUCCUUCACCACGCGCAUAGGAGUUGCUCGCUGUCAGCCCGGCUGGCUGCUCCCUGCCUGGGCCCUGCGUGUGAUUUACCCCCUGGUGGCGGUGCUGCUGGGAGCGUGCCUGGCCGUGGCCGGACUCUACGGGAGCUUCUUGUCCAGAACAGUCGUCCUCAUGUGGCUUGUGUCCGCUCUCUCUGCCUUUCUGGCCUCCGCUCUGCUGCUGGAACCUCUCAAGGUGUGCGUGCAGGCGUUAAUCCACACGGCACUGUGGAGGCCUGUGGAUCCGGAGGUGGAGGAGCAGCUGGCUCAGGAGAGCACUGUGGUGAGGGCGUUCGGGGAGCCAGGGGGGAAGGUCAGACCGCCGUGUGGCUACGGGCUGCUGCAGGCCAAAGAGGAGGCCCGCAAAGUCCGAGCUCUGCGAUCACUCAUGAGGCACUGCGUGUGCCAGCUGUUCUUCCUGUUGCUGGUGCUGAUGGUGAACUACCAGGACGGCAUGGAGCAGAGGCAGGGCAGGCUGCUGCACUCUGCUGUCAGACGCCGUCUCCACACAGCACCCUCGGGGGUCCCGAACCUCACCUCACUCAGAGACUGGUCAGACGCAGAGCGGUGGAUCAACCACACCUUGGUGACGCACCUGCACCAAAACCCGACGCUGCGCCUCAUCGGAUCGCCACGGCUGCAGUACGCGCAUCCCCUUAAUCCCAUGGAAAGUGUCCUUCUGGGAAACAGCAGUGGAGCAACACACCAGCUCCUGGCUGACUUGCACAUGGCAGACUGGGGCAAGAAACAGUUUGAAUCCCUUUCUCUGGACUUCACACACUACCACAGAGAGUCUGGUUUAUUUGUGUGCGUGUCCAUGCGGCUAGGGUGGGCUCAGACACGGGGAGUCACCCCCUUUCUCUCCAUCCAUCCACUCCUCAUCCCUUCAUCCCUCUCUGGACUGGACCUGCAGGUGCCACUUACGGUUCUCCUCCUCGUCUCUGCUCUCCUCAUCUUGUUCGGAGAGCUGUGCUCCGUGGCCACUGAGCGUGCCCAGUAUGUGCCUCAGUGCAGACACUGGUUCCAGCUUCUCUUGGCCUUGUUCUCCCUGGCAACGGCUAUCCUGCAGUUCUGUUCUGUGUCCCAGGCCACCUGCUGUGUUUCCGAGCUUCGAUCCCAACCAGACAGCUUCAUCAACUUCCACAGUGCUGCCCUCCUGGCACAGCGCUGUUCCCAGUGUGCCGCCGUCCUGCUCACUCUGCUUGUUCUAAAGCUGCUGGGAACCUUGAGGUUCGUGCGGAGGUGGGUGAUGUUCGGCAGAGUGCUGCAGAGAGCCUGGAGGGAGCUGUGGGCCCUGGCUGCCCUGCUGCUGUUGCUGCUGCUGCUGUGCAUUCACCUCGGAAACACGCUCUUCUCCCGUUCAGUGGAGGGUUUCCUGUCAGUACGUCAGACCGGGGUCUCGGUGCUGUCCAUCCUGCGUGGCCGAAUGGCUCUCCAAAGACUUUGCAGGGUCCACCCACUCCUGGGCCCCAUCUAUGGGCUGCUACUAGUGGGGGGAAGUGUUUGGCUCUUAGCCAGACUCUGUGGAGCUGUUCUCAUCCGUACAUACAGGGCAGAGCAGGCUGAGCUGUACUGUCCAACUAUUGAACCUCAGGACUAUGAGAUGGUGGAGUUCUUCAUUAAGAGACUCAAGCUGUGGAUGGGACUCACCAAAGCCAAAGAGUUCAGGCACAGGGUGAAGUUCGAAGGUAUGGACGUCCCUCCUUCCAGGUCCUCGCAGGAAUCCUGUCUCUCCACCCUGUCCUCUUCCCGCUCCCCUUCCCUGUCCUCCUCCUUUUCAUCCCCCCGUCCCCUGUCCUCGUCUCUCUCCACGAGGUCUGAGGACUCGUCAGUGUCCGAGGCUGGGUUCGACGUCCGGCCCUACCUGGACCGCUUGCUGCCCUGCGUCAGUGCGCUGCUGUCUCGUUUUGACCAGGUCAAUCAGAUAACUGAGGAUGUUCACAACCUGGAAAUGAAACUAGAAGAGGCUCAGACAAGGAGGAGGAAGAAGAGGUGGAUCAGUAACAAGGACAAAGGUGGAGACAUGUUCAGAGAACCGCAAAGGCCAAAGGAACUGGAAGGAGAAGGAAGGGAAACAGCAGAAGUGAGACGCAGGAAGACAGGUGUUUUUUACCCCAAGCCGCGAGUCUCCCUUCCAUCCUCGUUCUCUUUCGCCCCCUCCACACCCCACCCCUCUGCCGCAUCAGUCUGCAGGUAUCCCCGCACACGUAGCACCUACUCUGAGUCUGAAUCAGUGCCGUUCCAGCCUCGCACCUCCAGCAACAACCAUGCUUCUGAAGCAGCCAAGCUUGCAUCUGGGAUCUGUGGUUUGUACCCCUCAGAUUCUCCUGGAUACGGCGGGUUCCCCCGCAGGAGAGCGUGGCAUUCUGGGACCUCUCAUUCAGCUGAUGCAGCUCAGCGGAUCUUCCAUGCUCACGGUGGAGUUGCUCCACGGGGCAACGGAGGAGACUAUUUAGCAUUCACUAGCACCAGACCCAGGAGCGUGGAAGGGGUAAGACGGCAUAUCAGUGAUGGAGUCCCCGUGAAGAGGAAGGCUUGGACUGAGCAAGACUGACAUUGGGUUUAUUCUGGAAGUGGACUGAUCGGACUAAAUAUCUGUGGUGGUUUGCAGCUACAAAGCGCUGGACUGUAUUUGCUGCUUCUUUGGCACUGCAUAGAUGGGUUCAUAUUGUUUGCUAGCAGGUGCCAUUCAGAAAAAAGGUUAAAGGGCCUCUGAUUUGUCACAUGAGUAUGAAUUUCCCCGUCAUGGGCAGAACCUCUCGGCCCAUUGAAAAUAGUUGAAUAAUGUUCUCCGUGGUUCUGAAGGAGUUUUUUCAGGUCUAGCUAAAUAACCCAGAGGAUGUCAUCGGGGGAAUCUCUGCUUGGGUUUGAAGACCACACAUUUUUAAAACACCUGUUUAGGGUGUGGAGGUUAAAAGGAGAUUCUAGCACGCUAUACUUACACAAAGGACAUAUACUGAAUCAAUCCAUCAAACUCAUUUUGACUUCUGGCCUUUCAUAGAGUAUGAGUUCUUUCAAAAUAAGUGUCUUGAGUGCGGGAAUUUUUUUGUCACAAAAUAAUGAACUCCUAUCCGAGGGUCGGCAUAAGACAUAAUAGAUGUGUAAGUCGUUUUUCAAACCCCAGCAAUUAUGUAGACCAAAAAGCCUGUAAUGAAUGUAGUGUUUGUAUAAAUUGAAUAGUGUUCCUUACACUAUUGCAUACCUGUAAAUGCAGUUAUAUGCUGUUGUAUUUUUGUAUCAGACUCUGGAGAUAUUUUACUCUCCAGACGAAUAAAGACAAGUGACCGUUUGGUCUGAAAGUGGUUUCAUAUCUUCAAGCAUUUUAUUUUUUAAUCGGAAAACAGUGUCCAACAGUGCUGUGUGCACGUGUGUUCGGUUUAAACGAUAACACAGCUCUGUGAUUAUGUUAUCAGCAGUAAUUCGUAUUAUUACCUAUCUAAAGGAAAAGACCUUGAUUUAUGAGUCAACACACGAUAACGCAGCAUCAAACACUGUUAGUGCUGGGGAGAAUCACAAGUAGACCGACUGUGAGUGUUUGUCACUUUCAAAUGAAAUGACAUGAAACAUGUGAGCUGCUUGACUUUGCCAUACACGGACAAUGCACUCCAGAUGUGUGCUGUUGGUUUGGUUGUAUUGCUCUGUGUCACAACAAAAUAAACACGAAGCAAACUAAGCAGAACAGAAAACAGAUAUUUAUAACAAAGAAUACAGAUUUAAUAGUAGAGAAAUAGAAUAAGAGUUGUGUAUAUGCUAAGGCAAAAGUUUAAAAUAAAAUAAAACAACAAAAUGUGCACAAUAAAAACACAAU